AUGCAUAAACUUCUUUUAGUUUUCCUAACUCUUCCACUCUUUAUCUCGUGCUCUCGUCGCCAUCGUUACGGCUAUGAUCAGUACAAAACCACGUGCGUAGCGUUCGGAAGCUUGAAGUUGGACUGGUGUGACACUGUGGUGAGUUCGCUAUCAAGUGCCUCUAUAAUCAUGUUUCGUUUCUUUAGCAAGGCCUAAAAUCCUUCUGGAGAACGCAGUCGAUUGCCUGGUCUCCGGGAAAAACGAAGAACAUGACUUUCACAGAGCUGAGAUCUCAUUGCGACGACGCAUUCGUAAGCCUUUAGACCCUAAGAUUCGUACUCAACCCGAUGCACAGACUUGUCGUGAAAACUCAGGAUGCUUCAUGGACUUUGUCAACUACCAACAACUGGAUCAGUGCACAGUCGACAUCUUCGAGUUGGGACCGAUGUCGUUUUGCGAUGACAUUUUGAGAGAGGUCCUGAAGAAGAAGCCGGAGGAACUGACGGAUUGCGUCAAAGUGUACCUGAAGGAUGUCAGUCUAGUACUUACUCUUUGUAUGUGUGAACACCGAUUACUUUCCAGAUGUCACCCUCCAAAUUCGACUGUGUGAGCAUCAAAACUCGAGCAGAGUGCUACAUUCCAAACGUUGAGAAGCAUUGCGAACCAAACUUUGCCGCACUUUACAAAGAGGUAACUCUAACUGGCCAUCCGAACUCCGUCCCUCUUUCUAGCACUCCGAUUUACGACUCUUCAACCGCGCGUGCGACGGUCGACUGCGGUACAAGGAUUGGGAUUACAAAAAGGGACAAGAGUACGGAAUCCAAUUUGUGCCCGGAGGUAUCAAAGUGGUGGAUCCGAAGAGGAAUGUGACCAGACUCGAAGUUGGUCCGACGGAAGUGACUGGGGCUAUCAACUCUACCAAUGUGUGAUUUGAAUCUGAAAACAUACAAAAAUAAAUGACUUCAUACUUUUUUCAAGUGUUCAAGAGUGUAG